AUGAGCUCCGAGUCACGCCAAGCCGCCACCGGGGUACCUGGGAAAUCAAAGCGUCGAUGGACCGAUGCCGAUGAGGAUACCAGGUCGAAUGUGCCGGAGGAUCUGGCCCAACCGAAGCGACAGCGUGUGUCCAGAGCCUGCGAUAGCUGUCGAUCGAAGAAGGACAAAUGCGACGGAGUGCAACCGGUCUGUUCAACCUGCGCAUCACUAUGUCGUCCCUGUACCUACAAGGCAAACCCAAAGAAACGAGGCCUCCCAACCGGCUACAUUCGAUCGCUCGAGUUGUUAUGGGGGUUGGUGUUUCAGAGAAUCCAAGGAAGCGAAGAUGUAAUGCGAGCUAUGAUGCGGUCCAUAAACCUGCCCAGCCAUCUGGCGACAAUGGGGAAGGAAGCCGAAGGGUCGGAUACUUUGCUGUCGUCGUUCAAGAACAGUACUGUCUUACGCGACAUUGAGCGGAUGCUGCUGGUUCUGGAACAACCGGAAGAGGAACGGGAGCGCAGUAUGCAGGCCUACGGUGAUGGAGAUACACCUCUGGAUGUUGAUGGAAUCCUUGCCUCCUCCGAGGCCCAAGAGUGGCAUCUCCCCGAGGGAAUGGAGCAACGGGAAACGCCAUUCCCGGGGAUAUCACCAUCACGCACUUCCAUGAUCAGCUCCGCCCCAAGAAAUCUACCCUACCGAACUAAAGACUCCGCUGUCCAGACGACCUCCCCUGAUGACUUUCCGCCACAUUCACUCGCUAUCUCUUUACAUCCUGACGAACCCCGAUCAAUCUCCACCAGCACUUCUCUCCAGCUCCCCUUUAACGCAUGGCCCCUUCUUGACAUCUACUUCUCAUACACACAAUGCUGGUUCCCCAUCCUGGAAAAACACGACAUUCUCCGGACGGCCUUCCAAUAUACCGAAGGCGAUGUGUACAUGUCCCGUACAGCGUCGGGGUCUGGAGAUCACGCCGCUCUCUGGGCGGUCCUCACCCUGGCCUCCCUCCAAGAUGCAUCGAUCACCGCCGGGGCCCAUUCCGAGGGCCAUCCCAACCAAUUAAACUCACUCCAAUUAUACAACACCGCUAGAGACCUGAUCCCCUCUGAAACUGGGCCAUUCGAGGUUGGGCAUGUGCAAGCGCUGCUCAUCCUGUCCCUUAUCAAGUUUGGUCAACAAGAAUGGACAUCGGCAUGGAUGCUCGUCGGCCACGCUGUCCGAACCGCACAGACCGUGGGCCUCGACCAACCCUCAUUUCAUGCACCAUCAAAAGCCACAGAACAGGGCAAGCAACUGGGACGAGCAAAACAUGUGUUUUUAGGAUGUUUUGUCUUGGAGACGCUCAUUGCAGAGCAAACAUCACAAUGCCCGUCUCUUCGAAAGGGCGAUCUGGCUCGUGUUGGAUCCCUCGAUGAAGAUGGGUUGGAAGAGUGGCAUCCCUGGGAGGAUCAGACUGGUCUCCGACCGAUGCAAUCUGCACGAGCCUCGAUGCAGCGUGGGCCGCUCCAUGCGUUGAGCACGUUCAAUCGACUUGUUUCUCUGGCCUCCAUCCUGAAUGACCUCUGCUUUUACAAACAAGAUCCAACCGUCUCGCGAUCUCAACUCGAAUCGCUGGAGCUUCAGCUACAGCGGUGGUCAAAUGCUCUGCCCAAAAGUUAUCGUAUCGACCUCCACAGCCAACCUUUGAAGCUGGCAUCGCCACAUAUUUUUGCUUUGGAGAUGGCAUACCAAAGUAUCGCGACAACUCUGAGUCUGCAAAUUGCCCUGAGAGAAAGCGACCAAAAUAUCCCUGAAGCACCCCACAAAGGCCGUGCAAUGGAGAGCUCAAAGCGUCUGUUGCAACUGCUGCAAGUAUACAUGGAGACUUAUAGCUUUUCGGCUACUGUUCCAACAUUCGGGAUGAUCCUCAAAUACUGCGUCCCGCGAUCCUUCACACGGGAUCUCAUUUCUGAUGUCGAGCUGGGGAUACGCAACAAAAUCCACUCAUUUUCAUCCCACCUGGGACAACUUUGGCUGAUGCCGGAUCGACCUAAUACCGGCCAUGCAAUCAACAGAAACCAGGCAAUCAGUGUCUCUCCGGCCACUCCCCAUCAGCCUGACCUUGCCAUCAGCGACGACCCUACCGUGCACAUCAUGCCAGCCAGUACUCCUCACCACCUUGCGUCGGCAGACACGCAUCCUCCGCCAAGCACUUCCCAUCAACCCACAUCAGACCCUUUCCCCCCUCUCCCCUGGCUUCGAACGACGCAAAAUAUCGACGAAGGGGGCGGCCUUAUACCAACCCCUACUCCGUCAAUGACCACAAUCGGUGGCUCUGAAGUCUCUGGCCAGCACGGCCAACUCGACGCUUCGCUGAACAAUGCAAUGCAUCACUCCCUCGGACUCAGCCCAUUUGUCGGCAUGGAUAAUUAUGGGGCACCACGACGUCAGCAACGCAUUGCCCCAGACCUUGAUGCACUAUUCGACGAACUGGCGUCCUUGGAUGGUGCUGAGAAAGCCGACAAUCAACCCGAAUUCAUGCAGAACCUUGGCUUCGUCGCCGACUCCAAUGUCCCGGAGAUCUAUCUCCUUCUCAAACCAGAUCGAGCCUUUCUUGCUGGCGCAGACGCAGCAAAUGCCGGGAAAUGGACCCCCGCCUAUUGA